AUGUUGCUGAAAGUUGUUCAGACUGUCGUUGCGGCGACGGCGACUAACAAUGGCGUCUUUAAAGAAAACACCCGUGUCGUAACUCAUCCCCGAUCCAUCGAUUUCUUUUCAAUUCGAAGAAGAAACACCGGCUUCUUAUGCAAUUCAUCGUCCCGGAGGGUUGCACCGGUAAUGGUUGUGAAGACCGAAGAACAACCGACCACCGUUGUUGUCGGUUUGAACGAAGCAGAGGAGGAAAAGAGCCUGGCGGACAAGCUCUGGAUGGGAAGCUUGACGGAAGAUGGAUUAUCGUAUAAGGAGAGGUUCAUCAUUAGGUGUUAUGAAGUCGAGAUUAACAAAACUGCUACUGUCGAAACAAUUGCCAAUCUCUUGCAGAGUGUGGGGUUUUCAACAGAUGGAUUUGCCACUACAACCACUAUGAGAAAGUUGCAUCUCAUUUGGGUGACUUCACGAAUGCACAUUGAAAUCUACAGAUACCCUGCAUGGAGUGAUGUGGUUGAAAUUGAGACUUGGUGUCAAAGUGAAGGAAGAAUUGGUACUAGACGUGAUUGGAUUAUAAAAGACCAUUCUAAUGGUGAGGUCAUUGGAAGGGCUACAAGCAAGUGGAUGAUGAUGAAUGAGGAUACUAGAAGACUUCAGAAAGUAAAUGAUGAUGUUAGAGAUGAGUAUUUAAUAUUUUGUCCCAAGACACCUAGAUUAGCAUUUCUAGAAGAGACCAAUAGCAGCCUGAAGAAGAUAGCAAAACUAAAAGACCCUGCUGAAUAUUCAACGCUAGGACUUGUGAGUAUCCCACAAGAAGUGAUCGACACUCAUGAACUACAAACUAUAACCUUAGACUAUAGGCGUGAAUGCCAACAUGAUGAUAUUGUUGAUUCCCUUACAAGUUCAGAACUUGAAGGAACCAAUGGAUCCGCAUCUUCUGGACAACAUUGA